AUGGGGGGGGAGGAGGCCCCAUCGUCGUUGGCUGUAGGGGAGGGUGUUGGUAUUUGUUUGAAGGCAAAGCGGAAAAAGGGGGUCAAUAUGAGUUUAAAUAAAGAAAAAAGAAAUAAAAAAGAAAUAAAAAAGAAAAAAGAAAAUAAAGAAGAUGAACACGAAUUCUCUGCUAUGGCGCAGGAGUUGCUGCGGCAGCACUGCAGGGGGAUGUGGAGCGACAGUGAAGAGGAGGAGAAAACAAAGAAAGAAGAAAAAGAAAAAGAAAUAAAAAGAAAAAACAAACAGAAAAAAUAUAUAAACGCAUGCAAGCAGCCUGAGUCAGCAGCAGCAGCAGCAGCAGCAGCAACAGCAGCAGCAGCAGCAGCAGCAGAUGAAACAAACAAAAAAAAAAAUAAUAACAAACAGCAAGCAAUCAGAAAGCAAAACAAAAGAAUAGAAACAAAAAACGCAGCAACAGAAAAUAAAAAUAAACAAACAACAGACAUCACCACGACCGCCUCUUUCAGUCUGCAUGCUCCCCCUCCACAGCAGCAGCAGCAGCAGCAGCAGCAGCAGCUGCAGCAGCAGCAGCAGCAGCAGCUAGCAGACGCAGAGAUCUUCGGCUUAAGAAAGAGACAGCAGCAGAUACAGCAAGAAGACUCCCCACUUAAACAUAAAAGUAAAGGCCUAGGGAAAUGGAGCUGCAUGCGCAUGCGCAAGCAUGCAGCACCCCCCCCAGCAGCAGCAGCAGCAGCAGCAGCAGCAGCGCCUGGUACUGCUGCUGCUGCUGCUGCUGCUGCUGCUGCUGCUGCAGGUGAAGCAGAAAAUAUAAAAAAACACGCAGGAGAAGACACAGGGGCGGCGUCACGGUCGCUGCAGCUGCUGAAGAAGAUGGGGGGCAUCUCCUCUGCUGCAGCAGGGAAUGCAACCAGAAGCAGCAGCAGCAGCAGCAGCAGUGCAGCAGCAGCAGCAGCAGCAGCAGCAGCUAGCAGACGCAGAGAUCAUCGGCUUAAGAAAGAGACAGCAGCAGAUACAGCAAGAAGACACCCCACUUAA